UGGAUCGCUGGCACGGUGCUGUGCUCCAUCAUCCUCCUCAUCCUCGCCUGCAACGUGACGGGAAUGGCCCUGGGGGCCUACGGGCUUUCCAAGCGGGAGGACCCGAGCGACUACGAGUGCCGAGGAGAGGCUGGUGCCAAGUUCCUCCUGGUCGGCGUGGGCCUGGCUUUCCUGUUCUCCUGGCUCCUCACCCUCCUGGUUUUCGCCACCUUCCUGGUAGGGGGCAACAUCCAGACGCUGGUUUGCAGGAAUUGGGUCAACCAGGAGAUUUAUAAGUUCAUCGACACCCCCGGGAAUCUCCCACCAUCCAUGAACCUCACCCGCCAGCUCAACCUGAGGAGGGACUCCAACCUCAGUGCCAUGUACCGGGAGUGCAAGAGCGGCGCAGGGCUGUGGGAGGUGCUGCAGCUCGACAGGUCCUACGACCUGGACGAGCACCUGAAAACCCCCAAGUACACGGCCGACUUCCAAAAACGCCUGGGGGACUUCAGCGCCCGCCUGGGGGACGUGCGGCUCCUGCGCAGCGAGGGCAGGCAGGACCUGGAGACCUUCGCCCGCAGCGGCCUGGAUGAGGUGGACUAUGGGCGCUUCCAGGAGGAGAUGAAAAACCCCGUGGUGCAGACCAGCCUGCCCGGGCUGGCCAGGAACCUGGAGGGGCUGCAGAAAAUGCAGAGGAACAGCACGGUGGCAGGACGGCUGGGAGCCGAGGCCCGGGCUCUGUGGCAGAUGCAAAACUCCACGGUGCAGUCACAGGAGGCUUUGGUGGCAAAGCUGGGGGAAAGCGUCCAGUUCCUCUCCCGCUUGGCGCCGCACCUCAAGGAGCGGGUGAGGAGGACACUGGCCUCCACGGCCUCGGUGGAAGCCCGGCUGCCCGCACAAGCCCAGCAGAUCCUGCGGCAGGAGAUCAGCUGCUUCACCAGGAAGGAGCUGCGGUACUUCACCCAGUACCUCAACUGGGUGGGGCAGACGCUGAGGGAGGACGUGGCCUCGUGCCAGCCCCUGGCCACGGCCCUGGACAACGGGAGGGUCAUCCUGUGUGACCGCAUCGCUGAGCCCUGGAAAAAGGAUCCAUGA